AAAUCUUUUAAUGCGCGGAACAUCGUUCUGCCGUGUUCCUGAUGGAUGUUUACUCUGCUCAUUGAACACGACCUCAAAUGGGCAUCUUCUAAACACCACAUCCUUCUACAUCAGACGGUCAAUACUAUUCUCGGUUUGCGCUACCUCGUCUUCAGAACUCCUUGGUUCCCUGCCGCAAAGUGGUGUUUUUUUAAAUCACUGUCCCUUUUAAAGUGCAGACCUACUCAGUAUCUCGCCCAUGUACUAUUAGAACAAAUGCCCUUAUAGGCGAAGCAAUAGGCCCAAAUUCGUGGUUCGUGCACCUAGUUUCAGCGCGCGAUUCUUCUUCUGUGAGAAUUCGUCUGACCACUUAUUAUAUUGUGCUGAUGUCAAAAGGCAGCGCUCAGUCACAACGACAUUCGGACGCACAAUAUCUGUAUUGCUGCAUCGAUUUUCGGGUGAUACUAUUCAUCUAUACCAACCAUAUCCCCAUUAUUCGAGUUUCAAAAUCGUUGUUGAAGAUUAGUGAGUGUCGUCUUAUGCUUUCUUGAUCCAGCACCGCUAUCUUAUCAUGUUCAGUGCCCUCUUCGAUCUAACGUUGCGCGUAAUAGCGGUCCGUACAACCUCAGUCUCGCCCCUGCAACAUCGGGGUAAGAUCAAGUGCAUUCCAGUCAAGUAGAAUCCCAGCAAAAAACAAAGAGAGAAGCCUCCCAGUUUCGGUAAGCUUGAGCGGGUGGUGUCAACUUCGACACAACAACGGACAGGCACUCUCGAACUUAAAUGGUCACAACCAUGCUUUGCAUCAUCUUCCUGCGUAGAGUUGCGGUAGCUCUCUCUCCGGACCCCCACUGAGCGUCUCUAUCUUGUCUCUAUCAAGUUGAACGUGUCUCGUGUCUUUUAUGCCUCUCAUUUAGAAGAGGAUCUGAGAGAGUCUCACUCCUCCAUGCCACACUCUGUAUUGAUAGAGCUUCCCUUCCCCUCUUCGUCUUUCCAAAGCAUAACUAGAGCCUUUUCUUGUCUUUAGUCUCA